UUUAACUGCAGCGACGAGGGGAUUCUUUGUCUUCCAUCUCUCUGUGUCAGUGGUACUUGGUCAGACUGGUUAUGGAGUGACUUACUCUUCUACUCAGAUCUGUGCUGUAAAAGGAUCAACAGUGGAAAUAAAAAGCUCCUUCACAUACCCAUAUAAAGUUGGGAACCGUUCUACAACUGUGAAGAAAACAUUUUGGUUCACAGGGUCUAAACCUGAUGAUCUGUCGACAGACUCAAAGUUUUCUGGUCGUGUGACUCACAGUUGCAAUAAGAACAAGUGCACUCUGAGAAUCUCAGACUUGAGAGAGAGCGAUUCAGCUGAGUACAAGUUCAGCUUCACAACAAACCAAGAAGGUGGACGUUUUACUGGUUCACCUGGAGUCACUCUGACUGUCUCAGUUCUCCAUGUAGAGGCCAAGAAAACAUCUCCAAUAUUGCAUCCUGACAGGGUAGAGGUGAAGUGUCAGAGCAGGUGUCAUCUAUCUGCUCGUUCCUACGUCUGGUACAAGAAUGGAGUGAACAUGAACACAGUCACCGAUUCAAUUCAACAAUCCUUUGAAUAUGGAGACAGUGUUUCCUGUGCUGUUAAAGGAUCUGAGAAGUUUCCCUCUCCUCCACAAUGUGUCCUUCGUCAAACCUGUAACAAAGUGACUUACACUGACAGAAGCAUCUGUGCCAUCAAAGGUUCAUCAGUGGACAUUUCCUGCACAUACAGUCAUUAUUAUUAUGAUAAUGAUGAUGAUGUUGUGUCAAAGUUCUGGUUCAGUCCUGAUCGUAGUCGUCAGUGGAUGAAUCCCUCACAGCCUGAGGACCUGAGUAAAGACUCCCAGUAUUCAGGUCGUGUUCAGGUCCUUGAACCAGAGACAAGAAGAUCCACUCUGAGAAUCACUAACCUGACAGAGAGUGAUUCAUCUGAGUAUCACUUCAAAUUCAAGACACCACGGUUUGAAUGGAGAAGUGUUUUACCUGGAACAACUCUGACUGUCACAGCUCUGCAGGUGCAGGUGACCAGAAUAAUAUCAGUCCAUCAGUCUCAAACUAAGGCAGAGCUCAAGUGUCUCAGCAGCUGCGGUCCAGCUGGUCGUCUUUACGUCUGGUUCAAGAACCAACAGAGAAUCAGGACACAGCAAACUUCUACUUUGACAGACAACUUUUCUGCUGGAGACACCGUCUCCUGUGCUUUCAGUGGACAUGAGGAUUACCGCUCUCCUUCAGUCUAUCCUUCAAAGCUUUCACCUAUAUCAGUGAGUCCCUCUGGUGAGAUAGUGGAGGGUAGUUCAGUGACUCUGACCUGUAGCAGUGAUGCUAACCCAGCAGCUAACUUCACCUGGUACAAAGGUAACCAACCACUUCCUCUGGGACCAGGAGGUAUUUAUCGUUUCACCUCCAUCAGCUCUGAGGACAGAGGGAUCUACUACUGCAAGUCUGAGGAUCAACAGUCUGUGUCUGUAUUCAUAGACGUCCAGUAUCCUCCAAAGCUUCCCUCUGUAUCAGUGAGUCCAUCUGGUGAGAUAGUGGAGGGUAGUUCAGUGACUCUGACCUGUAGCAGUGAUGCUAACCCAGCAGCUAACUACACCUGGUACAAGGAGAACCAAACACUGAGUCAAGGAUCAGAUGGUGUGCAUGCUUUCAUUUCUAUCAGCUCUAACAACAGAGGAAACUACUACUGCAAGUCUGAGAAUCAAUACGGAUAUUCAAAGUCUUCAUCUCUGUUCAUAGAUGUCCAGUAUCCUCCAAAGCUUCCCUCUGUAUCAGUGAGUCCAUCUGGUGAGAUAAUGGAGGGUAGUUCAGUGACUCUGACCUGUAGCAGUGAUGCUAACCCAGCAGCUAACUACACCUGGUACAAAGGUAACCAACCACUUCCUCUGGGUCCAGGAUGUAUUUAUCAUUUCACCUCCAUCAGCUCUGAGGACAGAGGCAUCUACUACUGCAAGUCUGAGGAUCAACAGUCUGUGUCUGUAUUCAUAGACGUCCAGUAUCCUCCAAAGCUUCCCUUUGUAUCAGUGAGUCCAUCUGGUGAGAUAGUGGAGGGUAGUUCAGUGACUCUGACCUGUAGCAGUGAUGCUAACCCAGCAGCUAACUACAUCUGGUACAAGGAAAACCAAACACUGAGUCAAGGAUCAGAUGGUGUGCAUGCUUUCAUUUCUAUCAGCUCUAACAAUAGAGGAAACUACUACUGCAAGUCUGAGAAUCAAUAUGGAUAUUCAAAGUCUUCAUCUCUGUUCAUAGAUGUCCAGUACUGAUCUCCAGUGACCAGCUUAAAGUACACAUGUGAACUCACCACAACAC